AUGGGUGACACAAUAAGACGUAACUUGUCAAUGCAGAUGACACAAUACCAAGCAAAUGUUGCAGCUAGGGAAGCAGAAAUGAAAAAUGAAGAAGCCGAACUUGCAAACUCACUUAUGCAAUAUGGGCACCAUGCUGAAUCUAGUUAUCGUGAUAGAGAAAAGUAUCAUGAUCGGAUAAUGAAAGACUAUUUCAUUGAACGUCCAAGGUAUCCUCCUCAUGAUUUUCGAAGGAGGUAUCAGAUGAGAAGAGAGCUUUUUGAAAGCACCUUGAACACAGUUGUCCAUCAGGACCACUAUUUUGCGAGGAAGAUAGAUGUCGUAGGCCGACAAAGUCUAUCACCUCAUCAGAAGCUCACAUCUGUAUUUCAGAUGCUAGCCAAUGGGUGCUAG